UUGGAACUCGUUAUCGAUUACGGUAAUUGCACGACUAGCAUUGGAUACUCUGCUGAUCAGAUCGAAGAUUUUUCUUACCCGGACGGUUCUACGCUGUGUCAUAUUUCGUUCGCUAUUACUGAAAAUUAUACAGGAGACGUCAAAUUUUACUAUGGACUUCGAGAAUUUUAUCAAAAUAACCGGUUAUAUGUUGAAUCGCGCAAUGAUCUGCAAUUACUAGGAAAUCUUGACAAGGUCGGUGAGAGAGUUCAGAAUUUUUAUUUCAAGUUUUCAGUAAAAAUCCCAGUGAUAUAUAGCAGCAUG